AUGAUAUCAGAUUAAUUACGAUAAGUGCUAUCCAAUAAUACCCCAAACAUUAUAGGACCGCAACUCUCUCGAAAAACUAUUCUUUUAAAAAAAAAGAAUAAGAAAAUAUGUAACAAUACGCUGAAUCAACUGCCUCAAAAAGGAAAUUAAGAUGCUUCAUAAAAAGAUGAUAAAUCGUAGAAAACAGAUAAAACUGAGACAAUCACAAUGAAGUCCAAUAGUAAUAUUGGCUCUUAGACCUCGAAUUCCAUUCCUUGUAUUUCUUAGGAUGCAUUUGAUGGCAUUGAAAUCCCCCCCACUGAUCCAAUUUGGUUGGAAAUCAUCCCACAAGAAUUAUUGCUAGAAACCACAGUCGAGAAAUUAUUGGAAGAUAACAAGGAUUACUUCUAUAACUUAUUAGGAUUAUACUUACAGGAACGGGCUAUUGGAGACUUGAAUAUGUCACGCUUUGUUUUACCCUAAAAGUUUUAAACACAAUACUCGAAAGAUUUCACCUUGAAAUCUGUGGAUCGAAAGAUUGGCAUAGACUCCAGGAUAUAUGAAGAUUAUAAAUAAUACAGUUCGCAAAAUUAAAAUACUACUACUUACAAAUAGUAUUAUUAGAAACCAAUACCAAAUGACAUUAUCCAAUCAUUCAAGCCCACCUCAGAACGAAGUGUCCUUGCCUUGGCUGCAUUAACCACCUAUAAAGUGUUCAUUAAUUAUGUAAUCUUUAGGCUAAUCAUAUCAACUUUAAACAACCAGAAAUACCAGAAAUUAUGAAGGCACCAAGCAAUUCCACAACAGGAAAAUUGCAAUUGAAUGGAAACUCCAAUUACAAUCUAGACUAUAAAUGGCAUCAGCAUUACGAACGAUUACCCAAUUUCAAAAAUAGUUAUUCCAAAUUGUACAAUCAAUUGAUUAUGAUAGGAAUCCAAUUUCCAAUUCAGAUAUCUUCUUUACCAAAUAACGAGCAUCCAUCGACUAUUACCCAUUGAGUCCAUAACCUAAAGCCUCCCAAGUGCUUACAACACCUUCCUUCUAAGGUUAAUUCAUGACUACAUUCAAACAGUAUCGAAUACUUUUUUAUCUUCAAGCGAUUUUUAAUAAAUUGACAAGGAACUGAUCACUCCAAAAAUGAGGAAUUGGAAAUUAAAUAUGGUGAAUAAAAUAAAUUCAGUUAGGGAAAGAUAAAUUUAAUAGUGA